CCGGAUCUAAAGGGUGUGAUCAGCAUGAUACACGAGACCACACUUUCUGCAUCCUUCCUACCUGUAGUACCCGGCCGGUUCUCUUCAGUAACAGUUCGCAUCUCACUCGAUUCCCCUCGACCGGAAGCUUGCAUCUGUGGACCGUGACUGAUCGACGCACCAUCACAUGUAAAACCUCGUUGUAAGAUUUUCAACGUCGCUCAAGAGAAAUGAGGCUUCUUCUGGCAUAAGUUGUUUCUUAUCUUAUGGCUCAGUACCUCUGAGCAAAGUGUGACAAGAGGGCGCAUCCAACCGCCUGGACGAUUACUGGCGUUUCAACAUGCCGCAUCGGGGAUUUCAUUGGCGGCUACGUUAUCCGGCUCGUCUCUCUUCGUGAGGUUCAUCGAGAUCUAGUCCCCGCACUUGAGCCUAGAGAAUGAGAAAAGGCGCGGCUACUAUUAUAUCUCUCGUCUGGAGGAGACAGCGAUAUCGAUACUGGCGCAACUCAGUGGUAUAAAGUCGCCGAGGUUUCCCUUGAUACCAGCUUCACUGCUAUCAGAGCAUGCAGUAUCAUCCACAAGUAACAUCAAACACCUCUAUUAGAUCACCUAUUUCGUACCUCACAAUGUCCAGAGUUCGUCCUUCUCUCCAAGAUGUGUGCGACCGGUACACGUCUGGCGAGGAUCGUACUACCUUAGAGAAUAUUGUCAGAGCCUUCCGAAGGCUUCAGCAACUUGAUCCAAGUAACGAAGACUCCUUCUUUACCAUUGCUGGGUAUCAUGGAGAGCCAUGGAUGAAGGAGAACCCUUAUCCCGGCGGAUCGACUUACGACGAUUGGCGGGGAGGUUACUGCCAACAUCAGACGGUAUUGUUCCCCACUUGGCAUCGAGCAUACCUCCUUCGGCUUGAAGACGCCAUGCGUCGAGCUGUUCCCGAUGCUCCAAGUCUAGCCCUGCCAUUUCUGGACGAGUGCCGGCCUUUCGACCAGAACACUCCCCUCCCUUGGAUCUUGACCACCCCGACUUUCGACCUUGAUGGAGAUAAUACGAACCCACUCUACUCCUACAAGUUCCAGAAGGGAGUUGCAGACAACCACGAGAAGCCAUCAGAUGCCCAGCGUUACAGCAAGUCAACGGGAUCACAGACAGCUCGUUACCCGCUUGCGGGUGUCACUAGCUUGGACGGAGAAGACCCCGCUUCGCAUGCCAGAAUUCUCAACGGCAACAUUGCAGCCUGGCUAAACGGAAAGAUCCAUAUCGACGGCAAGGCGUCGCCAACGUCAAUUCCGGACACAGUCUCCAUCGUUUCGAGAUACAAGGCCAGUCUUGAUGCACCCAAUUACACGCUGUUCUCCAACAAGGCUUCCAGGGGCGAGUGGCUUCGUAAUACGAAAGGCUCACUGGAGAGCAAGUUCCAUACUUCUCUUGAAGAUCCACACAACGCUGUUCAUCUUGCCAUCGGAGGUUUCUAUCAAGAUGGGGAAGAGAACGCUAAACCUGUCGAGGGUGCCCAUGGCGACAUGGGAGAGAACGAAACCGCGAGCUUCGACCCCAUCUUCUUCCUUCACCAUGCCUUCAUUGACUAUGUCUUCUGGACAUGGCAAGUCAAGCACGGCCUUACCAAGCCGGGUAGCCUGUCAGUGGAGCCCAACAUCACAGCGGGAACACUCAGCGCAGGUAGCCCUGUUCUCCCUCCGGGAAGCAAGUUGGAGAUGAGCAGUCCUCUUGCACCUUUCUUGAAGUCCGGAUGUAUCAACGACCCUGUGUUCUACACUUCAGACGACAUCACCGACAUCAGCCAGUUGGGAUACAUGUAUGGCGAGGGUUCCCUUGACCUUCUGACCAGUGGGCCCGUUCUGGGCGACCCUGAACUUCCACUUGUCGCUGUCGCCCGUGUUAGUGGCAUCAGCACCACAGACCACGAGGGUUCGUUUGUCAUCCGUACCUCUGCUAAGCUUGCCGACGGUAGUGAGGUUGAGAUCGACCGCGACGCAAUUCUCAGUCGAUGGGUUCUCGCAAAUUGCAAGAACUGUCAGAAGAACAAGCUUGAGACGUACACUUACAUCCCCUUUGGCGAGGAUCUGAUGAGGGCAAUUGGAGCUGAGACUAAGGAGGACAUCCACAGCAAGCUCACUGUCUCUGUUCAGACGCGCGGACAAACUGCACCAGUCAAGAACUCAUUCAGUGCUGUGCAGCCUUUGAUCGAAAUCUUUUAGGCAUCUGUUGACUGGAACCUGUAAUGUGGAAUAAUUAGCACUGAGG